AUGGCGCUUCAGGAGGAGAAUGACGACCUUCGGCAAGAGCUCGAGAACGAUGCAGACUUUCCGAUGUAUCCUCGCUCAGCCAAAAGGCGAGGCCAGCUGGACCACUCGCACACGCAGGAGGAGCUGGAGGACUUGAUGCAGGAGAACCAACAACUGCAGGAGCGUGUCAAGGUCCUGGACGAUGAGAAUACCGGGCUGAAGCACACCAUGGCUCGGCAGAAGGAAGAGAUCCUCGCGUUGCAAGAACUCAACGACAAGACGGGAAGCAAGUUUGAGGAGGAGGACAAAGACACCAAGACCCGACUUCACGUUUGGAAGGACAAGGUCACUCUGCUGCAGAAACAGAUGAGGGAUGACAAGGCCUUGAGCGAGAUGCUGUCAAAGGAACAGAGGCUCAGGUCUGCGCUAGAGCGACGGCUGGAGGAUGCCCAUGAGCGGCUGAAGGAAGCAAGGGAAGAGAUCGUGCGACUGCACGAAGACCUCAGCCAAAGCGAGCAGCAGAAGAAGCAGCAUGCAGACGCCUAUGCAGAUGUCUGCAGCCAAAUGGAGGAGCUUCGGAACAUGAGCGAGGCCGAUCGACAGGCUGCUGAGCGCCAGGCCCAAGAGCUCAACGACCAGAUCAUGAUGAUGACUCCCGGGAGCUCCUUGGAUGGGGCUUUCGCCUUUGACUCGCCUGCUCUGCACAAGAACAGCGUUAGCUUGGCAGCGGGCCAGGACUUGCUGAGUCAGAUGCAGAUGAUUGACGACGAGGCUGAAGACGAGGUCGAGGAGGAAGCUCCGCAGGUCGGCGAGGCAGAGAGUGCCACGCAGACCGCAGCGGCGGACGCCGAAAAGGCGCGAGUAGCCUGGGAAAGCGAGAAGGCUUCCUUGGCAGCAGAGCUUGCGGCGCAGCGGGCAGCCUCAGAAGCAAUGGAGAAGACGUUGGCGGAAGAGAGGCACUCGAGCCAGACAGUCCAGUCGGAGCUUCAGGCGAUGAGGAGUGCCACGCAGACCGCAGCGGCGGACGCCGAAAAGGCGCGAGUAGCCUGGGAAAGCGAGAAGGCUUCCUUGGCAGCAGAGCUUGCGGCGCAGCGGGCAGCCUCAGAAGCAAUGGAGAAGACGUUGGCGGAAGAGAGGCACUCGAGCCAGACAGUCCAGUCGGAGCUUCAGGCGAUGAGGAGUGCCACGCAGACCGCAGCGGCGGACGCCGAAAAGGCGCGAGUAGCCUGGGAAAGCGAGAAGGCUUCCUUGGCAGCAGAGCUUGCGGCGCAGCGGGCAGCCUCAGAAGCAAUGGAGAAGACGUUGGCGGAAGAGAGGCUGGCCACCAACCAGAUGCCAGAGUGUACUACAAAUGCCGAGAAUGCAGGCUCGCCAAACGGUUUCAAGCUGGUGGGUGCGAGUGGUGCGACGGCCACCAAGGCCUCAGGUGAUCGAGUCGUGGAGCUGGAAGGCCAAGUGGUUGAGCUGGAGACGGAGCUGGCGAAAGCUCGAAGGCUUCUGCAGCGUUGGCAGGAGGAGCGGGAGCAGCAAUCCUGGUCCAGCAUUGUCAACAGCUUCAUGUGCGCCACGAACCGGUAG